CACAUCUACACUUUCACCCACUUCCUAAAGCUACGAUGGCUUCCAAGGACGGUUCCACCUUCUUCUUCACCUCCGAGUCUGUCAACGAGGGUCACCCCGACAAGCUCGCCGACCAGAUCUCCGAUGCCGUGCUCGACGCGUGCCUCGCCGAGGACCCCGACUCCAAGGUCGCGUGCGAGACCGCCACCAAGACCGGCAUGGUGAUGGUGUUCGGCGAGAUCACCACCAAGGCUAAGGUUGACUACGAAGCCGUCGUCCGCAAGGUUUGCAACGACGUCGGCUUCACCUCCGAGGCUGUCGGCCUCGACGGCAACAACUGCCGCGUCCUCGUCGAGCUCCACGCGCAGUCCCCGGAGAUUGGCCAGGGCGUGCACGGCAUGGGCACCAAGGCGCUCGAGGAGAUCGGCGCCGGCGACCAGGGCAUCAUGUUCGGCUACGCCACCGACGAGUCCGAGGCGUACGCCGAGUACAAGGGCAAGUUCAUGCCCAUGACGCUCAUGCUCGCCAACGCCAUCGGCUACCGCCUCACCGAGGUUCGCAAGAACGGCACCUGCCCGUGGGUCCGACCCGACGGCAAGACCCAGGUUACCAUCGAGUACAAGAACGAGGGCGGCGCCAUGCGCCCCCAGCGCGUGCACACCGUGCUCAUCUCCACCCAGCACGACGAGACGGUGACCAACGAGAAGAUCGCCGAGGAUCUCAUGACCGAGGUCAUCAAGAAGGUGAUCCCCGCCGAUCUCCUCGACGCUAACACCAUCUUCCACCUCAACCCCUCCGGCCGCUUCACCAUCGGCGGCCCCGACGGCGACGCGGGUCUCACCGGCCGCAAGAUCAUCAUCGACACCUACGGCGGCUGGGGCGCGCACGGCGGCGGCGCCUUCUCCGGCAAGGACCCCACCAAGGUUGACCGCUCCGCGGCGUACAUCUCCCGCCAGGCGGCCAAGUCCGUCGUCGCCGCGGGCCUCGCCAAGAGGUGCAUCGUGCAGCUCUCUUACGCCAUCGGCGUCCCCGAGCCCCUCUCCGUGUUUGUCGACACCUACGGCACCGGCACCAUCCCCGACGAGGAGAUCCUCGCCAAGGUCAAGGCGGCCAUGGACUUCCGCCCCGGUCCCGUCGGCCGCGACCUCGACCUCAAGAGGUCCACCUCCAAGACCUCCGGCAAGAACAACCGCUACCAGCAGACCGCCGCGUACGGCCACUUCGGCCGCGACGAUUACGACGUGUUCACCUGGGAGAAGCCCGUGGCUCUCUAAGCGCAUAUAUAAAUACCUUUAAGGUGUGAUAUUACGCUUAGUUGAGGUUUAGGGGGUUGAUUCGGCCGGGGGGGGAAACUUAGGACGCGCUAUUACGAACUGCUACUAGAAACGUCUCAGACUUGAUUUGCGAUUAUUUUAGGAACCAGCUGGUCGUCACCCCCGGGAAACAUUCCGGGACAAGGGGCGGCGAUCGGGCAAAGUGGGCUUUUCCUCCCCUCCGCCCUGUACGCGCGCGGCGUCUCGCGCGGCGCGCGUGCAGCACCGAAGUGAAAACUUAACACACUGUCUUUUUUAAUGAAAGGAGAGUAGU